AUGCCGCCCGCCCGUCGUCGAGGAGGCAACACCGCCUCCGCCCGUUCAAAUCAGCCCGUUCUAUCCUUUGGGGCAAAGUCCAGAGUCACAAAGCCGUCCGCUGCGCCUUCGACACCGUCCGAGAAAACCAAAGCCCUCGAGCACCUUACUGCAGAAGUUCGCGAGAAGGAUGUGUCGAAAGAUGUGUCAAUCGAUGUCCCGGGAUCCAAGGUCGAGCCCGAGCAGCCUCAUGUUGCGGAGCUUGCUGUGAGGGCUCAAGCCAAAGCAGAAAUCCAGCAACCAUUAUCGGAGGAGGAUAAGAAAGCGGCCAAAGUUACUAGGAAGCAGCUUCAAGAUUACUGGAAGGCAGAAGAGGCGAAGAGUCGAGGGCCUAGAGUUCAUCAAGAGGGCCUAUCGUUGGACGAAAAGAUCUUGCGGCAUUUUGAUCUUUCUAGCCAGUAUGGGCCUUGCAUCGGGAUCGCCCGUCUAAAGCGAUGGAGGCGGGCACACUCCCUCAAUCUCAACCCUCCAAUAGAGGUACUCUCACUCCUCCUUAAGCAGGAAGGCACCGCUGGGCAGCGCGCAUACAUCGACGAACUGUUGUCAUGA